AUGCUUCUCCUAGCCGCAGUGGCACUUUUGCUUACUAGCUUGCCUUCUUAUGAGGCAAGAAAAAUCCUCCAAAUUCCAAUGAAGAGAAACCAAGACCAAGUCCCUCCAACAUUUGUGCCAGUGCCCAAUCCUCUCAGCCAAAAGGCCUUAGCCGGUGAUCAAAUUAAUGUCUCCUCUUUGCUAGGUGGACUGGAUUGGGCUCCUCGUGUUCCGGUGCCUCCAUCAGCACCCAGUCCAGGCACCUAUAUUCCCAGUUCAGCUAUGAGACAAAGAAAGAAUCCUCCACAUCCCUCUAUGCUGCAUAAUGCUUAUCAUGUUUCUCCACCCAAUCCUUUCAGCCAAAAGGCCUCAGCUGGUGAUCAAAUUAAUGUCUCUUCUUUACUAGGUGGAUUGGAUUGGGCUCCUCAUGUUCCGGUGCCUCCAUCAGCACCCAGUCCAGGCACCUACAUUCCCAGUUCAGCAAUGACACAAACAAAGAAUCCUCCACAUCCCUCUAUGCUGCAUGAAGCUUAUCAUGUUUCUCCACCCAAUCCGAGCACUCCUAUCAUCCCACCUUCAACUACAACGAGUCACAACCCUGCUCCAUUGCUAGGCACACCACAGAUGAGUCCUCUGCCUCCCUCUGUCAACACUGCUCCAUCGCCGCAGAAGAGUCCUCUACCUCCCUUUGUGUCUAACAGGGCUGAUGGGUAUAUGUGCUUUGAAACUGUAUGUGCCAUAUCAACGAUCACAGUGUCAGUGAAAGAAAUACCAUAA